CCCCGUAACGUUCGUUUCUCACAUUCUUUACUACUGAUCGUCCUACAGUGGUUGUUUCUCUUUAAACCGGAGUCCUUUCGGCCUGGUGGAAACGGGGUUUUUCCUUGAUUUCCUGUCCCCGAGGUUCAGAGAUUCGCUUUGAGAAAUGCCCCUACGGGUUGGUUAUCGGAGCCAGGCGCGAGCAGCGGACCGACUCCUAGUAGGGCUUCAGAGCCAGCAGGCCUUGUCUCCAUGGCAACUGCAGCAAGCCGGCGGCGCUGGCGGCGGCGGCGGCGGGAAAGCGCUCGUGCUCCGCCGGUGGCAGCACGCGGGGAAAGGGGACGGGGAGCCCAGCUUUCUGGGCAUGGUCGAGAUAUUCUGCGAGCGGGCGGCGCGCGUGGUGGAGAAAGAGCUGGUGGCGCGGCUGCGCACGCCCAAGGACGAGAACGAGCGGCAGCAGCGGGUCCGCGGGAUCCUCGACACCAUCCGGAGCUGCGGCCACGUCCUGGAAGUGGCCUUCCCCAUUCGAAGGGAUAGCGGCAGCUGGGAAGUGAUCAAGGGCUGCCGGGCUCAGCACAGUCAGCACCGCUUGCCUUGCAAAGGGGGGAUUCGUUAUAGCCAGUCAGUUAGUGUUGAUGAAGUAAAAGCCUUAGCAGCCUUGAUGACAUACAAAUGUGCAGUGGUGGAUGUUCCUUUUGGUGGGGCCAAGGCUGGUGUGGCUAUUGAUCCAAGGAAGUAUUCAGAGAAUGAACUGGAGAAAAUAACAAGACAGUUCACGAUAGAAAUGGCCAAGAAGGGAUUUAUCGGUCCUGGGAUUGAUGUAGCAGCUCCUGACAUGAGUACAGGAGAAAGAGAGAUGUCCUGGAUUGCUGAUACCUACACCAACACUCUUGGAUACAGGGAUAUCAAUUCACAUGCUUGUGUGACAGGAAAGCCCAUCAGUCAGGGUGGAAUCCAUGGACGAAUCUCAGCCACCGGCCGUGGCAUUUUACAUGGAAUUGAAAACUACAUCAACAGUACAAAGUAUAUGGAUCUUAUUGGCCUCAAAACAGGCUUCUCUGGCAAAACUUUUGUAUUACAGGGCUUUGGAAAUGUGGGUCUGCAUUCUAUGCGAUACCUGCACCGGUAUGGAGCACGCUGUAUAUGCGUUGGAGAGCUGGAUGGUGCUAUCUUUAAUGCUGAUGGGAUUGACCCUCAAGAGCUACAAGACUAUAAGCAGGAGCAUGGUACAAUAGUUGGCUUUCCCAAUGCUAAGAAGCUUGAAGGCAGUGCCCUUGAGGUCCCUUGUGAUAUUCUCAUCCCAGCUGCUAUGGAGAAACAAAUCACCAAGGCGAAUGCUCAUCGUGUCCAAGCAAAGAUUAUUGCUGAGGGUGCCAAUGGCCCUACAACCCCGGAAGCCCAUGACAUCUUCCUUCAGAGAAACAUCCUUGUCCUCCCGGAUUUGUACAUAAAUGCAGGUGGUGUGACAGUAUCCUUCUUUGAGUGGUUGAAGAAUCUGAAUCAUGUCAGCUAUGGACGCCUCACCUUCAAAUAUGAACGUGACUCUAACUACCACCUGCUGAUGUCAGUACAGCAGAGCCUGGAGAGGAAGUUUGGGAAGACCAGUGGGGAAAUUCCUAUUGUGCCCACACCAGAAUUCCAGGCCAGGGUGGCGGGUGCUUCUGAGAAAGAUAUUGUGCACUCAGGAUUAGCUUUCACCAUGGAACGUUCAGCCAGGCAAAUCAUGGGCACAGCCACAAGGUAUAACCUAGGCUUGGAUCAAAGAACUGCUGCCUACGUGUGUGCCAUUGAAAAGGUCUUUAAGGUUUACAGUGAAUCAAGUUUCACUUACUGAGGCUAAAUGUCUGUUGGUCAUCUAUCAUCUAAAGAGAAAAAUGUGUGGAUUGCAAUAGAAGAAGAAGGAAAACACGGCCAAAAAGCGAUCCUGAGCUUUCGCUAUAGAGUUCUGGAUGCUUUUCGUUUCACUCCCUCUCCUGCUUUCCAGUGCCUCUGAUCCACAGUUGUAAUUGUUUGAGUUUUUUUAGCAGUUCUUUUUUUAGGCCUGCAGAUGGUGCCAGCAGCCCAGAGAUGGUGCUCCUUUGGGGAUUUCCAAAGUGCUUCUGUUGAAAUCAAUAAGCAUGUAUUGGAGUUUUGUUCCUUUUCCCAUGUGGCUCUGCUUUACUGUUUACUUGAUAAGCUCUUGUUUCCAGGUUACAUCCAUGUCACAGGCAUCACAAUUUUUGUUCCAAAUCUUUGACUAGACUUGUAGCGAUAAUGACUUUCUAUCUGUUUGGCGACAUUUUCUGCAAACGCAGACUACCACUACAAGUAAAUCUGCUUUUUGUUCCAGACUUUGUUCCACAUAU